AUGCCGGGGCGCGCCCGCCCUGCCCCCGCCGCGGGUGCCCCGCUCCAGCCAUCCGGCCGCCCCCCUCCCGGGCGCUGUGCCCGUCCCCAAGGCGGCUCGUCACCGCGGCGAGGCCAAUGGGCUGGGCCGCCGGCGCGCACCCUCGGCAGCUCCCAGCCCAGCCCGGCCCCCGGCGCCGCCUCCCGAGCUCUCCUGGCGCCGCGCCUCUCCGGCCUCGCCACCGCCGUCCGAGGCACGGUGCGGGACGCCUGCGGCUGCUGCGAGGUGUGCGGGGCGGCCGAGGGCGCCGCGUGCGGCCCGCAGGAGAGUCCCUGUGGAGAGGGGCUGCAGUGCGUGGUGCCCUUCGGGGUGCCCGCCUCGGCCACCGUGCGGAGGCGCGCGCAGCCGGGGCUCUGCGUGUGCUCCAGCUCCGAGCCGGUGUGCGGCAGCGACGGCAGCACCUACUCCAACCUGUGCCAGCUGCGCGCUGCCAGCCGCCGCGCCGAGAGGCAGCGCCAGCCGCCAGUCAUCGUCCUGCAGCGCGGCGCCUGUGGCCAAGGGCAGGAAGAUCCGAACAGUUUGCGGCACAAAUACAACUUCAUCGCCGACGUGGUGGAGAAGAUCGCUCCGGCCGUGGUUCACAUCGAAUUGUUUCGCAAGCUUCCUUUUUCUAAGAGGGAGGUGCCUGUGGCCAGUGGGUCUGGGUUCAUCGUGUCUGAAGAUGGGUUGAUCGUGACCAACGCCCACGUGGUCACCAACAAGCACAGGGUCAAAGUGGAGCUGAAGAAUGGCGCCACCUAUGAAGCCAAGAUCAAGGACGUGGACGAGAAGGCGGACAUUGCCCUGAUCAAAAUCGACCACCAGGGCAAGCUGCCCGUCCUGCUGCUGGGCCGCUCCUCGGAGCUGCGGCCUGGGGAGUUCGUGGUCGCCAUCGGCAGCCCGUUCUCCCUUCAAAACACGGUCACCACGGGGAUCGUCAGCACGACCCAGCGAGGUGGCAAGGAGCUGGGGCUGCGGAACUCAGACAUGGAUUACAUCCAGACAGACGCCAUCAUCAAUUAUGGGAACUCGGGAGGCCCACUGGUAAACCUGGACGGUGAAGUGAUUGGAAUCAACACUCUGAAAGUGACGGCCGGAAUCUCCUUCGCAAUCCCGUCGGAUAAAAUUAAAAAGUUCCUCACGGAGUCUCAUGACAGACAGGCCAAAGGUAAAGCUGUCACCAAGAAAAAGUACAUCGGCAUCCGCAUGAUGUCACUCACGUCCAGCAAAGCCAAAGAGCUGAAGGACCGUCACCGAGACUUCCCCGAUGUGCUGUCUGGAGCGUACAUCAUCGAGGUCAUUCCUGACACCCCAGCUGAAGCUGGCGGCCUCAAGGAAAACGAUGUCAUAAUCAGCAUCAAUGGACAGUCGGUGGUCUCCGCCAAUGACGUCAGUGAUGUCAUUAAAAAGGAGAACACUCUGAACAUGGUGGUCCGCAGGGGCAAUGAGGACGUCAUGAUCACCGUGGUUCCCGAAGAGGUCGACCCCUAGGCAGGGGCAUGAGCUGGACUUCAUGUUUCCCUCAAAGACUCGCCCGUGGAUGACACGUGAAGACCCUGGGCUGCUGGCACAGGACACCUGAGACCUCUGCCCGUCAUUUCGCUUGUUCCUUGGAGAGGGUCUGGCCAACAGAGCCCUCCUGGA